GUCGUCUUUUUUAUUGCCUAGCUAGCCAUUACCCUCUCUCUCUCUCUCUGACUCGCUCUCACAAAUAAAUAAUAUCACGCAUCACUCACCUCAACUCGUCAAUUAAAUCUCUUCAUAGAGUGUGAGAGAAACACUCUUCAACUUCCUCUGUGUUUUCCGAUAGAUGACUACGUUCCGCCAAGUCGGCUCGCCGAUCUUUUUCCUCUUUCUUACCAUCUCUUUAUGUUCCGCUCAUAAAGAGGCGGUUUCUUCUAAUGGGUUGGUUCAAAUGGAGUGUUUUAGAGUCCCGUCGUCAGAGUUCGCCGAAGCGGCCAAAACUGUCAUUGACGCUAUACAAAAAGCGGGAGCUAUAGUGUCGAAGUUCGACAAGAAAGUGGGGAAGUCACGAGUGUCCAAUGCGAUUCUUGAUUGCGUUGAUCUUCUUGAUUCCGCCGCCGAAGAGCUUUCUUGGAUCAUCUCUGCUUCUCAAAACCCCAACGGUAAAGAUAACAGUACAGGGGACGUGGGUUCGGAUCUAAGGACAUGGAUAAGCGCCGCACUUUCUAACCAAGACACGUGUCUCGACGGCUUCGAAGGCACUAAUGGAAUUAUCAGAAAAGUCGUGGCCAGUGGUCUUAGCCGGGUCAGUUCUACCGUCCGAAAUUUACUAACGAUGGUUCACCCUCCUCCCUCUAAGCCCAAAUCCAAGCCCAUGAAAGCCCACACGACGGCCACCGCUCAUAGUGGCUUCAGUAAGUUUCCCUCAUGGGUUAAACCCGGUGAUCGAAAGUUACUGCAAACUGAUAGCCCACAAACGGCUGCUGACGCGGUUGUAGCGGCAGAUGGGACUGGGAAUUUCAAGACGAUAAGUGACGCGGUGUUGGCCGCACCGGACUAUAGCACGAAAAGAUAUGUGAUACAUGUGAAAAGAGGUGUAUAUGUGGAGAAUGUGGAGAUUAAAAAAAAGAAAUGGAACAUUAUGAUGGUUGGUGACGGCAUUGAUUCCACCGUGAUCACCGGUAACCGGAGUUUUAUCGAUGGCUGGACUACUUUCCGGUCUGCUACUUUUGCUGUGAGCGGUAGAGGAUUUAUUGCACGCGAUAUCACGUUCCAAAACACAGCAGGACCUGAAAAACACCAAGCAGUCGCACUACGGUCGGAUACGGAUCUCGGGGUCUUUUAUCGGUGCGCGAUGAGAGGUUACCAAGACACUCUCUAUGCCCACUCAAUGCGUCAAUUCUUUAGAGAAUGCAUUAUAACAGGCACCGUAGACUUUAUAUUCGGAGAUGCCACUGCCAUAUUCCAAAACUGCCAAAUAAAAGCCAAACAAGGCCUACCAAACCAGAAGAACAGCAUCACGGCUCAAGGACGUAAAGAUCCAAACGAACCAACUGGAUUCACAAUCCAAUUUAGCAACAUAACGGCUGAUACCGACCUACUUCCAAACUUAAAUACAACCGCUACUUACUUGGGUCGACCGUGGAAAUUGUAUUCUAGAACAGUGUUCAUGCAAAACUACAUGAGUGAUGCUCUCAAGCCCGAAGGAUGGCUCGAAUGGAACGGAGAUUUUGCAUUGGAUACAUUAUAUUAUGGUGAGUAUAUGAACAGCGGACCGGGGGCUAGUCUUGACCGUCGUGUUAAGUGGCCAGGAUACCAUUUGUUGAAUACUUCCGCGGAGGCUAAUAACUUUACGGUAGCUCGAUUCAUACAAGGGAACCUGUGGUUACCAUCAACUGGUAUCACUUACAUUGCUGGUUUAGGUUCGUAAACUAAUCAUGUUUGAUUGUAUGCUUUAAAUAGUAUCUCUUCAUAUAUCCUUUCUAGUAUUCAUACAUUUAUUAUUUGUCUGGAUGUUAUAUAUUUUGUAUAUGGUUUUGGUGAUAAUUAAUCUACAAAGUUUGAUACUGUAUGGAAUGAGGAAUUAUUUACUAAUAUGUCAACCA